AUGGCAAACUCGGGAAUUCAACUUUUAGGAUUCGCCCUUUCACUCGUCGGUGUCAUUGCACUUAUCGUGGGGACCAUUCUUCCACAGUGGAAGAUGUCUGCGUACAUAGGAGACAACAUCAUAACGGCGGUUGCCAUGUACCAAGGACUAUGGAUGUCAUGCGCUUUUCAGAGCACAGGGCAGCUCCAAUGUAAAAUCUACGACUCGAUCCUGCAGCUAGACGGCGCUCUCCAGGCCACCCGUGCCCUGAUAAUUGUUGGCAUCAUCGUAUCCAUCGCUGGGCUGGGCGUGGCCACCAUGGGCAUGAAGUGUACCACCUGCGGAGGAAACAGAAAAGUGUGGAAGUCUCGCACCGCCAUGACUGGAGGCAUCAUCCUACUGGUUGGAGCUCUGUGUGCAUUAGUGGCCUGCUCGUGGUUCGCUCACAAUCUCAUCCGGGCCUUCUAUAACCCAUAUACUCCUGUCAACACCAAGUUUGAGUUUGGGGCAGCCAUCUUCAUCGCCUGGGGGGGUUCUUUCCUGGACCUGCUGGGGGGAGCCAUGCUGGCAUCUUCCUGCCCCAGGAGUAAAAAGCCGGUGCCCAAAUACCCUGUCAUGAGUGGCGUGAGUGCUCGCUCACCAUCCAGCAGCACCAAGGAGUACGUGUGA